AUGGCAUAGAUCAUAAUCGAGAAGUUUACUUAAAACGCAUAGUUGAAUAUAAUAAUGAACGUCGAUAUCGAGCCGAUGUGAACUUUAACGCCAACGCCAACGUCGACGUCAACAUCGACGCCGACGCUUAAUAUCUCCAACAACGCCACCGUGAAGAGAACCAUUGAACGAAUUUUAUUCUUACGCUUUUCUACGUUUACAUGUAUAGAGAAAGGCUUCGCAGCGCAUGCUGAAAGCUACAAUUAUCGAUCCAUUCGCGCCUGAGCUUUCGCAUUCAGUUCACAAGCUUUACGUACGUUGUUCAAGUGAAAUCGUCUUGCGUGGUAUAUAAUCAAGGCCCAAUCAAGUAUUUAUUUAAUAUUUAUUACCGAAUUUGUUGGCUAUAAAGGAUGCCACGCUGUAUGGAUAACACUAAAAUAAUAUUUAUAUUCUGGUGUGUCUUGAAUACGGCGUUCAGCGUGCCUAAUUCGUCGACACCACAAAUAUUAGAUGAUCAACCAUAUACGACACGUCGAAUACCAAAAAUUGUCGUCGAUUUGCCAAAUUCCAAACAAUCUUUGUCGGCGGUAAAUUUCGAACUGAAGACUACAACAACAAUGUCUUUGGAAUCAUCAACGACACAUAGAUCGUUUUCCACGGAGCAACCUUUGUAUCGUUUGGAUCGCAGUAAUGGACAAGCUUGCAUUCUCUUACAAGUAGAUGCUUUAAUUACGGUGAAAUAUCGAACAAAAUUCGGAGAUGACGAAGAAGUGAGCAUUUAUGUUCCAAAUGAUGCCACUGUGACCGGCAAUUGUGACAACGAAAAUACAGUGACGAUGUCGCUUAAAUGGAAAGCAUUCUUAUUAUCAUGGAGUUUCGCAAAGACACCUGGUGGCGAACGAUGGUACGUUGAGAAAAUCGAACUUACAUACAACUCGAGUGAUCGGCAUUUCGAACAUAUCGAUCAACCAAAUAAGACAAUAAGGUUGAGCACCGGGCAAAAGCAUAGCUCCAUGUUGUUCCCGACACCGGUUGGAAAAUCGUACGCUUGCAAUGGUGAGACAGAAAUUCCAUUGACCGAUGGGAAAAAUCACGCCAAACUGCUGCUCAGAGAUAUGAAACUGCAACCGUUUAAAUUCAAGAAUAACGAAUUUGCAGCGGAAUUCUCGUGUACAUCAUUGAGCGCACGAGGAUUUAGGGACGAAACCGCGCCUGUCGCGGUUGGCUCGACUUUGGCUGCUGCCGUUCUGCUUACUAUUGCCGGUUACGCGGCCUACCGUUACUUCAAAGUGAAGAAAGUCAAGUAUGACACUAUGGAAUAAAUGGGCUGUUUGAGGAAACGCUGCCUAAGACGAUGUAAUUUAAAAGACGACCAAUCUUUUCUACGAGAUCCUUUUCUCUAGUUGCGUAGUCGUCGUCGUCGUCCUCGUCGUCGUCAUCGUGAUACAACGGUAUUUUGCUCGACUGAUCCGACAACGUCAUCGGUAAUAAGCGUUCAUUCUUGAAUUCAUUCAUGAGAAUGUUCGCGUUUAGUUUACUCGCGUCGAGUUUUAUCCGACUGAAACAAGAAGAAGAUUGGGCAACGAUAGGAGAAAGAAAGAAAACUUUUAUCGAAGAAAUAUCGUUUUCCCUCUAAUUAUUCUCUAACAAUCGUAAAAUUUUAUCGAAUUGUUUGGUUCGAGGCUAAUAUUGAUCGUAAGACAAAGCGUAGGCGUAUCGUGUCGAAUAGAAUUUCCUCGGUUUGUAUUUUUAGAUCGGUAUUAAAUUCUUCUUUUGAAAAAUUUUCUGAUUGCAAAAGAAUCGUUUAAAAUGCAUUGAAACAAUUGUGUAACAAAUAUAUACCGCGUAUAUUUCGAUUAAAUAUUGCAAAAUACGUGUUAAAUUCGUGUUUGCAAGCUCUGACGGUUGUCUGUCGAAUAAAUAUCGAACACUAAUCCAUCUAUCGCUAUAGAUAUAAUUAUAUAAUUUAACAUUAUUUAAGAGAACGACUCAGAGGAUAAAGCUUUGUAAGACAGCUUGCUUCCAGUUUUCGUUUCAAUCGCCUCGUAUUUUGCAAUCGCGAAAAAUAUUGUUUUAGCAUAGUUGUAUAGAAAGAAAUUAAUCCUAUCUAUAUUAUAAUAUAUAAUUGGUGCAAUUUGUAAUUAAUAUUUUCGAUAAUUUGCUAAAUCUUGAUAUAUCUCGUUUCGAUUAUAAUCGUAUAAUUACACCAAACCUUCGAUAUCUUUGGAACUUUAAGAAAAGCAAGCCCUAAUUGGCAGCUGAUAACGAGAUUCGUUAAAGAAACGGAUAGAUGUGCGUGGUUUCCAUCACGGAAACAUCCCCAUCUUUUCACGUGGUUCUAGUUUAAGAUUUGAUAAUUUAUCCUGAUUUUAAAUGUAUAUAUAGUAUCUAAUCACGUACGACGUUACCGUCUAAACGUCUAAAAUUGCAAAUAAGAAGACUAAAAUAUAUUACAUUUACUUUUACGAUUGAAUUAAUCAUAAAUGCUAUAAUCGAUUAGAACAAUUGUUUUCACUGUUUCACUUCAAGCGGACGAGGUAACAGCGAAACGAAAAAAAUUGAUAUAAUUUAAUAAAUCAUUCUCGUAACUGCAUUUCACAUAUGCAUUAGAAUUAUCGCUAGAAUAGGUCAUUUCAUUUAUUAUCUUCUAAUUCUCGAUGUAACAUAUCGUGUAAAUAUUUUAGGACGCGGUCGAUAAAGCUUGUCAUAAAACUGGUGUCAUUCCUUAAGAGGAAAAAGAAUGUUUUCCUUCUUUUUUUUUUUUUUCUCCAAAUAUCCAAUAUUGUUUAUUUCCUUUUUUAUCCUACUCGUUUUCUUUUCUUUUCUUUUUUUUUUAUUUUGUUCUUCGAAACGAAAUCAUGCCUCGAUCAAUGCGAGCUUUCACGACCGUGCCGUAUGUUUUUAAAUAUAUAUAUAUAUAUAUAUAUAUAUAUAUAUAUACCUUUGAAAUAUUGCGAAUUCGUUACUCUCUGGAGUCAAUGGAGUAUAGUCCAUUGUCGUGAACAUAUCUUGACGCGUAAACUUAUUAUUAUUCCCUGAGACGAUCGAGCAAAAAAUGUUUAAGAAGAUCGAUUGCCUCUUUGGAACAUGGAAUGCGAAUAAGAUAAGGGAAAGAUCUUGUUCGAUUAUCAUUUAAAAGUUUCGUUUAAAAAAGGUAGGAAUGGAAAAGCGUGUACAUCCAAAGAGGCAACAGGAAGAAAAUAUAUCGAAUCGAACGGUCGGUUGACGAAUGAUGACGUAUUAAACGUAAUCUGCACGCGAGCGUAUAUGUUUACGCGUGUUCGGCAGGAAUAAACUUACAAUUAGAGAUAUGUGCGUAACACGAACCUCUGUCUUCCAAACGUGUAUUAAAGUUGAACUUUCGUGUGUAUUAUGUAUACGUAUAUGUAUACAUAUUUAACUACGUGUAUACAUUUAUACAAUACACAUGUAUUGCACAUAUGCGUAUAUUUAUGAAUAUGUAUACACUCAUAUGCUAUGUACACGAACACAUGACACAUACGCGUAAACACACACACACACACACACACAUAUAUAUACACAAUAUUUAAUAUAUUUGGAGAACGAGAGAGAGAGAGAGUGGGGAAAAAGAGAGAAAGAGAGAGAAAGAAAGAAUGAUAUUAUGGAUAUCGUAUGUCUCACUUCCGUAACAAAAUCGACAUGAUCGCACUUGAUUCACGAUGUUACGUCGGCAGAAAAAAAAGGAAUGUGUGUUUCUUUUUUCGCGCGGUUCGAAUAAUUCGGGAGACGUGAAUCUAGCAAAAUCUAUAGUAUACUCUUUACAGAGUGAUGUGAUGUUCACGUUUGAAUUUUUUCAUGAGACUACAAUAAACUAAUUUAGGAUCCGUAUCGUCGGUAUGGAAAACUUAUGGUUUAGAUGUAAUUAUAUAUAUAUAUAUAUAAAAAUGUAUUUUUGUGCUAAAGUAAAUCUUAUUAUAAAUAUUAUUCAUAUAGCUAUAUAGCUCGAUUGAUCGAAGAUGCGACUUUCAAUGUUUCCCGUUACGAGGCGUUAACAGCGAAGCGACACGAGACAAGCUGAUAGUGGAAAUGCUGAACGAGAGUAGAAAGAUUUGUACAAAGAAGAGGGAAGCAGCGACGGGAAUGGAGCAUCAAAAUAAAUAAACAAAUAAUGAGGAUAACAUCACGAGAAUCAUACAGUGAAUUCGACCUAUUUCUGCAAUUUUGAAUCUGAUUAAGAAUCAACGAGAGACGCGAGAUAUAAUUCACAAAGACGAAAUACAUAUGUACUUAUAUCGAUAAAGCGUGUUGAAUAAAAUUGUAUCAUAUCGAUAAAAAUAAAGGCUGUUAUACAAG